UCUUACCCUUGGAUUAAUAUCGACCUUUGCGGGAUUAACAAUGGAAGAACCAUAAGCCCUUGCCGAGCGAGUUGUACAAGCAGGACGAAGCAAAUGAAACAAAUACUUCUCCGCAGGAAGUGGAGAAAGAGGUUCCGAUUAUAAGAGCAAAGAGAAUUAUAUAAUACAUGCAAUGGCAGCAGCUAAUAACUCAGAUCUGGUAACUGAUCCAAAGCUCAUAUACCGCUGUAAAAAAUGUCGAAGAAUUGUUGCCGCACAGGAGAAUAUGGUUCUUCACGAACGUGGAGAGGGUGAAAAAUGCUUUAAAUGGAAAAAGAGAUCUGGUGACGAAAGGGACAAGGAACCACCUGAGUGUUCAUCCAUAUUUGUAGAGCCCAUGAAGUGGAUGCAAGCUGUUGAAGGAGGUACUGUGGAAGACAAGCUGCAGUGUUUGGGUUGCAAUGCACGUUUGGGCUCCUUCAACUGGUCUGGAAUGCAGUGCAGCUGUGGGGCUUGGGUGACUCCAGCAUUUCAGUUACAUAAUAGCCGGAUAGAUGAAUGUCGUACGUGAACUCUGCCAAUGAUCUUGUGUGGUAGCUAAGCAAUGUACUUGACUGCCAUGAAAAAAACCAGUGAACAUGUGCUUACCGCCAAUUGCGAAUUAUGCUGGGUUGUCAGAUGGUUUCAAGAUUCUCAACUGUAAAGUUUUAGACAGCAUCUUCUGUUUAAGGUUGCAAAAUCAGCUCUCCAUUAUCAUGAUAAGUAUUACCUGUUUAUGCUAUUGAUCUGAAAA